AUGGAGAGCGAGCCUGGGAUCGUGUCUCCGUUCAAGCGAGUCUUCCUGAAAGGAGAAAAGGGAAGGGACAAGAAGGCCCAGGAGAAGUCCACAGAGCGCAGAGCCCUCCACACCUUCUCACUGUCUCAGCCUGACCACGGCAUUGACCCCGACAUCUUGCUUAACGACUAUAUUGAGAAGGAAGUCAAAUACUUGGGGCAGCUGACAUCAGUUCCAGGAUACUUGAAUCCAUCAAGCAGGACAGAAGUCCUGCAGCUUAUUGACAACGCAAGGAAGUCCCAUCAGUUGGCUGGCCAGCUGACGUCGGAGCAGGAUGCAGUGGUAAGCCUGUCUGCAUACAACAUCAAGCUCGUUUGGCGAGACGGAGAGGACAUCAUCCUGAGAGUGCCAAUUCAUGAUAUAGCUGCUGUCUCAUACAUCAGGGAUGACUCUGUUCACCUUGUGGUCAUAAAAACAGCCCAGGAAUCAGGAGGCUCUCCCUGUCCCAGCUCAUGUCCCGAUCUAAACAAAUCGCAGACUCUGAGCUCCCUGUCGGAGAGUGGAGCUGUGCUCGUGGAGGUCUGCUGUCUGCUUGUCCUGGCUGUUGACAAUAAGGCUGCAGCAGAGGAGUUGUGCAUUUUGCUCAGCCAGGUGUUUCAGAUAGUUUACACAGAAUCAACCAUUGACUUCCUAGACCGAGCCAUUUUUGAUGGAGCUACAACGCCUACCAGACAUCUUUCUCUGUACAGCGAUGACUCUUCAAGCAAAGUAGACGUCAAAGAGGCUUUUGAAGGAGAAGUCGGCACGUUUCCUUUCAAGACACCAGAAGAGAACUCUUCAUCUGCCUCCAGCCCUACACUUCCUCAGACAAAGACGGCGAUUGAAGGCGAGCUCAGUACCACGGCCGCAGAGCUGCUGCAGGACUACAUGACAACACUGCGGACGAAGCUGUCAUCCCAGGAGAUCCAGCAGUUUGCCACUCUGCUCCACGAGUACAGAAACGGUGCCUCCAUUCAUGAGUUCUGCAUUAAUCUGCGGCAGCUCUAUGGGGACAGCAGGAAAUUCCUCCUACUCGGUCUUCGUCCCUUCAUCCCGGAGAAAGACAGCCAGCACUUUGAAAACUUCCUCGAAACCAUCGGAGUGAAGGAUGGCCGAGGCAUCAUCACGGACAGCUUCGGCCGAUGCAAGCGCACGCCCAGCUCCGCCUCCGAUUCCACCACCAACGGCAACGGGGCAGCAAGAGGAAGCGGCGACAGCACGGCCUCGGACGAGGGCCAGGACGCCUCCGAAGGCGACGAGUGGGACCGUAUGAUCACCGACAUCAGCAACGACAUCGAAGCGCUGGGCUGCAGCAUGGACCAGGAAGCAGUGACUCCCUGACACGUGGACGUGGUGGCACGAACUCACGCAGGAGACAUGAG